AUGGAGCCAGGAAAGCAACCUCCACCACCAUCCGACCAGGAGCCUCAGGCUCCGUCCGACCCCGCGACUCGUCCUCUUCCUCCCUCGUCUCCCCACCUCCCCCCGACCUUGCCGUCGCCGACCCGGGAUGCAGCAACCGCCACCGCGAGGGCAGACGCCAUCGUGGCCGCUGCAGGCCAAGUGGUCGAUCCACACCGCGCCGACGCCGAGCGCAGGGCAAACUACGAAACCAGAGCCGACCUUGAUGUAGCCUUUGCGUACUUUGAGGCAUUGCGAGACACGAAUGAAUUGCACACUGCCUGGGAGGGACUGCUGGCGGCCGUGCUCGCCCAGCAGGUCAUUGCACGCUGGAAAAAGAAUGAGAUAGCCGAGGGAAACAAGACGUCGGAGCGCUUUGUCAACACCGCUCGCGACCUGUGCAAGAAUAAAUUCCACUACGUCUUCAAGGUGCUCGAGCAAGAGACGUGGACCAGAAUUAUCAAAAUCUGCAUUGAGAUUGCGUCUCCGCACCUGGACGGUACUCCCCAGCCAUCUAUCGAGUUUGUUAGGAAUCGGCUCGCAUCCAGCGGCUACGUCCUGAGCGGUGUACCCCCUAACGGCUAUGUCUUCCCAACCCAGUAUGGCGAGGACGGCGCUCGCCUCGGUCUUCAGUCGUUUGCCCGUCCUCCCGUCGAGCACAUCAUGCCCGGCAUGGACACCCUCCACCCCGAGCUGAACCCGCAAGACCGGCAGCCCCGGCCGAUGGUCGAGCUGCUCGUCGCCAACGCCGGACCGUCACAUACCAGGCCCACACCGGAUCCUGCGCCCGAGGACGCGAUCGCAGACUUUCUCGGCGAGCCGGCCGCAGGACCCGCCGAGCCGGCCAUCAACACCGUCAUCGCCACGCGCGACGCCGCUACGGCCCCCCGCCGCGCCCGAGAAGCCGACGCAGCGUACCAGCGCCUCGUGAUCCGCGAGGUGGCCCGCCGCCAGCUGCAGGUUCUCAAGAUCAAAAAGCUGCGCGACUUGCAGGCCCGCCAGCGCCUUUACCGGGCCCACUGGACCGCGGGGCGCGACGCCGCGUUCAUGGCGGCCGCACGCAAACGGCGCGAGGUCAAGGAACGGAAAAGGGAGCUGGACGCACAGCGACACCGCAGCCAUGGCGAGCACUAUGUUGUCGACGUUCCGGCGCCGUGCUUGUCGCCCAUGUGGCCCCGCGUUCCUCCACUCGGCGAGGCGGGCCCGGGACCAACGACCCAGAACGCAAGGGCGGCGAGGCAGGUGGAUGCGAGAGCCAACAUGGCCGAGGUGUACCGCGAGCUCGUGCAGCCUGUCCCCCGGCCGGAGUGGUACAACUUCACCACCCAGUCUGCUCUGGAGGCGCUCAACGGGGACGCGGAAUGGGUGAUGCGAAACCACCAAGGGUCAAUCUCCGCGGGUGUGGCGGGUGCUCUGGACCUCAUGCCGGACGUGUUCAACCCCCAGGAGAUUGAGAAUCCCGGUAUCGAAGUGGGGCUCAUCUUUGCGCCUCUGCCGCCUACCUCCGCACGCGCUGCCGAGACCGAGGAUGUCGGCGAGGACGUCCCCGCGACCGAGACCGUGGUUGGCACUGAACCAGGUUCCAUUCAACCGGCGGAGCCGCGUCCACGACCGGUUGUGGCACCGGCACCGGCACCACACCCAGCUCGGCCAGCUCCCCAGCAGCUGUCGCCAGCCGAUCUGGCCCACCACGAGGCUGUUCAGCGCGCCCGACUCCAGCAGCUUUCAGACCGCGGCAUUGUGGUCCCCGGCCAUACCGCUGCGCCUACCAGCGACCUUGCGCCGGAUCCUCGCGUGGGUCCAGAGACGGCCAUCUCCCAGGCGGCCUCCCAGCAUGUCGCCCAGACUGCGACCUUGCCUGGUCGCCAUGUCGACAUUGUCGAGCACGGCCAACAGAGCCAGCAGGUGCAGCAGCCUCUCGUCCGCUCGGCUCCAGCACCGGGCGCACGGCGCGCACGCCGGGCCAGAGUGGCAGCUCCAGACCACGACAACUCGCAGUCGGCGCCCGGGAACACUGCCGAACCCAAGCUGUACACCGCCGAGCAGUUAUGGGCAGCGCAGUACAUGUGCGAGAAGGGCUACGACGUUGGUGAUGCUCCAGCGUCCGGCUCAGCAGCGCCGAGGCGGGUCUUCAUGCCGAUCAACGACCCGCAGACGAUCGGCUUGACCCCCGGCCAGGAAGCGCUUCUCCAGUCCACUCGACCCCAGCGCGGGCCAUUUGUGCUGCACCUAAACCUCGCGGACCCAGUCUAUCAGCUGCCGGUGCCGCAGGAGCAGGGUGAGGGCCUGCUGGUUUCCCUUGACCAGCCAAUCCCGGCGGUGGCUGCCGUCGAGGCGGCUACAGUUCCACCCCCGCACGCGAACGAGAGAGGCGACAUGCCUUCUCGUCAGCAGAACCUGCCACACGCUGGCCCAGUGGCACAGGUGGUCGCUCCUCCUGUGCCGCCAAUGGAGGUACAGCCCUCCGUGCUGCGUCGCGCGGCCCCUCUCGAGCGUCCUCGUCCUCCUAUUCCGCACCCUCCCCUUCCGCACUCACACGUGCUGUGCGGUGCCGAGGUGAGGCGCACGGGGACCCUCCCCCGACGCGGCACACAGGACGUGGACAUGUCCGAGCUGUUUACGCUGCCGCCCGAGAUCCUCGCUCAAGGCGAACCGGUCGUGUUUGCCCCACGGGUCGCUGCGGCUCCGGCGCAUGCCACGGCUCCGGAUCAAGCAUCGGCUGGGCAGCAGCAGCAGCAGCAGGUCCAGGACAUGGGCUAUGGCUCCGCCCCGCCGCCGCCGCCGCCUCCCCCUCCGCACGAGUCGUCCAUGGCAGUGCCACAGGCUCCCCCCGAGCCACAGCUGCAACCCCUCUCGGACGAAGAGUUCGCCAUGCUCGCCGCCCUUGCCAUGCAAAUCGAAUACGAUGACGUCCAGUGCGGUCCCCAGUACGACCCCCAGUACGAGCAGUUCCCGGCACAGCCUGCAGCUCCGUUUCACCCCCAGCCCCAGCCCCAGACCCAGCCACAGCCCACUGAAGCUCAGCUGGACACCGAGCGCCGCGCCGCCACUCUGGAAGGAGAAGUCAAGCUCGCGGAACGCCAGGCCCAGCGGCAGAAACGCGAGGCCAGGCGCGCCGCUGAGCGGGACGCGCGCGUCGCGCGCGGCGAACCGCCCAGCCCGCCCAAGAGGGUGUACAAGCGCAAGAACGCGCACCAGCGGACCGCGUCGGCGGCGUCCCAGGUGGCCCAGGACCAGCACCAGCACCAGGACGGAGACCGGGCCCAGGAGCAAGUGUCGGCCGUGCACGCGCAGGAGGUGCAGCAGCAGCAGGCGCUGGACCAGCAGGCGAGGAUCUACGCGGUCCAGGCUGCGCGUAUGCGCGAGGUCAGCCUGAUGAUGGGCGCGGUGCCACACUCGGACCAGGGCCAGCACCAGUACAAGCACCAGCACCAGCACCAGCUGCAGCCUCCGCCCGAGCUCACGCAGGAGGUGGUGCCCAACUAUGGGGAGGUGGUCCACCAGGAGUACCCUGCUGCGAUGCCUCAGCCCGACGUCCUCUUGUACACGGCUCAGCAAAACGCGAAUCAACUCCAAGACACUACCUUUGUUCCUCCUCACCCCGUUCAGCAUCAGGAUUGGCAGCAGGGGACCGUUCAGCAGGACCCCAGCUACUAUUCGCAACAGGCAUUCCAGCAGCAGCAGCAGCAGCAGCAGCACAUCUCGGAUAUCCAGCUGCACCCCCAGGCUGGAGCUCAACACGGCACAAACACGCACCAGGCUGCACAGCCGGCCAACUGGUGGAUCAAGCAGGAGAUGGUGGCCCCGCAGGGCCACACGGGCACCCCCAUGAACGGUAUCGGCCCUGUCGACCAGUUCCCCUCUGCUGUGCAGAUGGAGCGCGAGUUUGCGGCGUAUCAAGAGUCCGACUAUCGCCAGCGCCUGGCGCUGGACGAGGCUACGGCGUACCUCGGCGCCCAGGUCAACGUUGCUCAGCCCCAGCACACAUCGUUACUGCCACUGCAGCAGCCGUACCGCCCGUUCGACGUUUCGAUGCCUGAUCCGAGCACGUUGUUCCACAGCCCCUUUUCGGCAGACACGACUGCCAUGGCUGGCUGGAGUGAGCCCAUGUGGGACCCGCAGCAGGCCUCCUUGAGCGCGCCGCUGGUCGCCGAUGCCGCAUCGCCAUACGUGGGGACACCAGCCAGUGCCGGUUGGGCUGCGCCUCAGUCUGCGUUCAUGUCACCGGCCACGCAGGGCACACCGACGUGGUUUGACAUGCCGCCGUCAGCGCCUGCGGGUACGCCGCACUUUCCGACGCCGCCGCCGCCGGUGAUCGCCAUCUCGGAGCCUGCCUCGCAACACCCGACGCCGCUGUCAUACAUGCCCACGCCGGUGCCCUUCGCCCUUGACUUUGUCCCGACGCCGCAGAUGGCCAUGUCGUCGCACGACUCGUCCACCCAGCCCACGCCGGUUAUCGUCACGCCGGCGCCGCUGCCGCCCAUGUUCACCCGCGAGGACAUGGAGCGCGCCAUGGGCGUGUCGCCGUCCAUGCUUACCCCGUCGCCGAUGGGAUCGCCGUUCCCGCCCACCGUGGACGAGUACCGGGCCAGCCAGGGUGCUGCAAGUGGCAGUGGGAGUGACACUUUGGCCCCGCCUCCCAACAUCGGCGGGGGAUCGCGCAAGCGCACGCUGUCAGAGUAUACCGCCAGCCCCGCCGCCGACGAGGGUGUCGAGGCUGCCGCGCCCGCACCGCCGGCGAAGAAGCGCAGGCCGUACACCAAGAAGGGAGACAAGGUAGACGCCGAGCCCAAGGCGAAACCCAAGCCCAAGCCCAAGCCCAAGACCAUGCCGCGGCCCAAGAAGACGGUCGAAUACACCAACGGACCCCAGCUCGCUGCGUUCCACGCGCGCAAUGCGAUCCAGGCAUCGACCCAGAGUCAGUCGCAAGGCCUCUCGGGAGUCUCUGGCGUCGCCGGGGUCGCCGGCGUCGCGGGACCCAACCUCCCCGUCGCGUCACUGCACCCCAGCGCCGCCACGACCACUGCCAACCACGGCCACGCCCACGCUCCGGGCCAGCCGUCGCCGCGCCUCCCGCUCAACCAGAAGCAGCCCAAUGCCACACAGGCCAGCGCACACUCCCACUUGACCUGA